AUGCUCAACGAGAACACCAUUGCUUCUUGCACAACUCUAAAGCUACCGGGUGAUUUGCUAGGUAUCACGACCGAGUCAGCAUUGGUCUUCUGUGGCCAGGCGAAUUUUAUCGAGGGCGGUUUGAUGCUUACGAUUGUCGCUCGGCAUAAUGUCAUAGAUAUGACUGGCCAAGACUUUAUCAUCGAAUUAAUGUCCAAAGCUUGCUACAAUGAGCCCUACACAAGCGAGGAACUUGCAGUCAGUAACAUGGAUCGGAGUGUCGUUCCACUACUGGAUGAUUUGUACACCCCGGGCCCUGAGCUCGCUCGCCAGAUUGUGAAACCCCCAUCCAGCGCCAAAGACGUUGUUUCGAAAUCUAUUGGACACCAAAGUCUACACGGUCUUACAUUGAACUAUCUGCGGCAUAGCUUGGCUCUUUCAAAACUCUUGUCGCGAGUACAUUGCCCGCCCCCACGGACUUCGUCUCUGCGGACGAUUAGCCAUGAGGCAGCGGUUUGGUAUUACCCAAGGUCAUUGACAUACAACACUGACAUAUUCCAGGACAUAUCCGAGGAGUCUUUGAUAAUUGUUGCUGCUGAGCUUCAGUCUCAGCUAGAUCCAGAGAAAAAUGAUGUUAUAUCCAAUACCCACUACAUUUCUCCGCCGCUCGGCUGA